GAAUUGAGUCAAAUAUUAUGGAAACGUUUUGCUGGCAUUUCAGUGCUUUUAUGAAUUCUCCGGUGACAAGUUGUUGGCGCAUGUGAAAACGGUUCAGCUACGAAUAGACCCACACACACACAAGCAUACAUGCUUGCAUAUUUACAGUAAAAUGACAAUGAGCAACCGAGCUGCACUUGAAUGGCAUUGAACGUACAACAAAACUCUGCGAUUUAAUAUUUUGCUAAUAUUUGCUUAAUGCAAAAUAUUGUUGAGAUGCUGAAGUGAAACUUUUGUGCUAGCAAAGUGAAUUUAAGAAAAAGUGUUAUUGAAACAUUAUUGAGGGAAAGUGCAAGGGAAAAAUACAAAUUUUGUGUACGUAUGUAUAAUGAAGUGAUGCGAAAGUAUAAAAUAAUCAUAAACUAUUAUAUUUGUGUUAUAUAAAUGAGCACUUGAGAAAAGAUCGCAAAAGCUGAACAGAAAGAGAUCAUACUCUUAUACUUAAGUGUAAUAUUAAUUAAAAAACAAAUUAAUUGAAAAACAAUCUUUUACACCGUAAAAGUGCAGUGUGACUUUUUAUAAAAGUAUUUUUCAACACAUACUAAAAUACUUGAAUACAAGUCUAGAAAAAAACAAUUGUGCAUAUUUUUUUAAAUAUCUUAUUGAAAUACUCAUAAAAUCAUGGAGGGAGAAUCAACGGAAUCCACACACAACACUAAAGUUUCGGACUCUGCAUAUUCGAAUAGUUGCAGCAACUCGCAGUCGCAACGCAGUGGCAGCUCCAAAUCACGUCUCAGCGGUAGCCACUCGUCCGGCAGCAGCGGCUAUGGCGGCAAACCAUCAACGCAAGCUAGCAGUAGUGACAUGCACAUUAAGCGCGUCAAAGAUAAGGCACGCAAGAAGAAGAAGUUGAAAUGCUCAACACAAACAAAUACUCUGGAAAAUCAGGAUGAUGUUCCAAAUACCAGCGAACCACAGAGCGAGGAGCAAAUCGCACUGGCCUGUGACAAGGCAAUCGGAAUCGUAGCACAAUGCAGCCGCCUCAAGGAAAAUAAAGAGACGUCAAUCUUGUUGGAGAAGGAGACUACCGAGCAAACUAAGUCGGAGAUUUCAUUGCAGUUACCCACACCAUCACCAUUAUCAACUAUCACACAGCAAGGCGGAAAAUCGGAAAGAACCUGCGAAUCGGCACCAGGAAAAUUGGAAAACUCCGGCAAAGCGGAGAAACUUAAGGAGGAGAGUUUCUGCUGCGUCAUAUCAAUGCAUGACGGCAUCGUGCUCUUCACUACACCCAGCAUAACAGAUGUGCUCGGUUUUCCACGUGACAUGUGGCUGGGGCGUUCAUUCAUCGAUUUCGUACAUCCUAAAGACCGCGCCACCUUUGCUAGUCAAAUCACUACCGGCAUACCAAUUGCAGAGUCUCGCAACAGCGAACCGAAGGAUGCGCGUACCACCUUCUGUGUGAUGCUACGUCGUUAUCGCGGCUUAAAAUCUCGAGGUUAUGGCGUCAUUGGACGCCCGGUUAGCUACGAGCCAUUCCGUUUGGGACUCACAUUCCGUGAAGCGCCCGAAGAAGCGCGCCCCGACAACCUGGUCUCGAAUGGAACCAAUAUGUUGCUAGUCAUAUGUGCUACGCCGAUUAAGAGCUCCUAUAUUGUGCCAGAUGAAAUACUCUCGCGCAAGAGUCCGAAAUUCUCAAUACGACACACAGCAACGGGUAUCAUUUCACAUGUGGAUAGCGCUGCGGUGUCGACGUUGGGCUAUUUACCCCAAGAUCUGAUUGGACGUACAAUAUUUGACUUUUAUCAUCCAGAAGAUCUGAUGGUUUUAAAGGAAAUCUAUGAAACUGUCAUGAAAAAGGGACAAACUGCGGGCGCUUCAUUCUGCAGCAAGCCGUAUCGUUUUCUGAUACAGAACGGUUGCUAUAUACUGAUGGAGACGGAGUGGACAAGUUUCGUAAAUCCGUGGUCUCGUAAACUGGAAUUUGUUAUAGGCCAUCAUAGAGUAUUUCAAGGUCCGAAGCAUUGUAAUGUUUUCGAUUUGGCGCCGGCCAACAAGCCAAAACUUUCUGAUGAGGUGCGUAGUCGCAAUAUGCGCAUAAGAGAUGAGAUACUCAAAUUACUCGAGGAAACAAUAUCGAGACCUUCGGACACGGUAAAGCAGGAGGUUUCACGUCGUUGUCAAGCGUUAGCUUCCUUCAUGGAAACUUUAAUGGAUGAGGUCACCCGCACGGAUCUCAAGCUAGAGCUACCACAUGAAAACGAGUUGACCGUCUCUGAACGAGAUUCGGUAAUGUUGGGCGAGAUAUCACCACACCACGACUACUACGAUAGCAAAAGUUCAACGGAAACGCCGCCUAGUUACAACCAAUUGAAUUAUAAUGAAAAUCUUCAACGUUUUUUUAACAGCAAGCCUGUCACCGCGCCCGUCGAAGACGAUCCCAUGAAGAACGAGAAAUCUUACAGUAUUUCGGCCGAUGCACGGAAUACACUGAGUCCGGUGCAAUGUUUCGAAGGUAGUGGUGGUAGUGGGUCGUCGGGAAAUUUUACCUCCGGCAGCAACAUACACAUGAGCAGCAUUGCAAACACAAGCAACACCGGCACCUCGUCGGGCAGUGCCCAGCUGGUGACAUUGACCGAAUCGCUAUUGAACAAGCACAACGAUGAAAUGGAGAAAUUUAUGCUGAAGAAACAUAGAGAGGCACGUGGUCGUUGUGGUGAGAAGAGUAAGAAGGUUUCCGAGAAGGUGAUGGAGUAUAGCGGACCGGGGCAUGGACUAAAGCGAGGCGGCUCACAUUCUUGGGAGGGAGAUGCCAACAAGCCGAAACAUCAGCACACGAACGUAAUGGAUGCACAACGCGAAUAUGUAGAUCACCACAACUUGGCAGUGAGUUCGAGCAACAAAGCCUAUGGUACACUACAAACGACGCUGGGCGAUACAUCGUACGCUGCCGCCGGUCUCUCCUGUUCGCGCAACGUUAAUCUUUGGCCGCCCUUCUCGGUCGGUCUUACAUCUUCGCACACAUCGCAAACUGUGGCGCAAAGCGGUUUCACACCUCAGCACAGCAUCUUUCCGACAUUCUACUACAUACCAGUGACAGCGACUGCCGCAACACAAGCUCCAGCAAAGCCAGCUGUGUCCGAUAUGCCAAGCACGUCGGCGCAGGCGCUGCCGUUGCAAUACAUGACCGGACUUAUGUAUCCCCACCCGUCUCUGUUCUAUACACAUCCCGCAACGGCAAUGAUGUACCAGCCCAUGUCCUUUUCGAAUAUUGGCAACUCGCUGGCGUUGUCAGAGCAGUCGAGCAGUACGAACGCUUUUAAAACGAGUCAACCGGUUAUGCUGGCCCCAACGCCGACGAAGCCACAAGGCGCUUUCCAUUCCAUCACACCAGCUCAACCCCAACGUCCAUCGUCGCAGGCGACGUCUAUAAAGGCCGAACCGGGUUCGAAUAUGGCACCUUCGGAUUCCUCCAAAAAGGGUAUAGCUGACUCGCCAAUUCCAUCGGUUGUUGGCGAUUACGUUACGGAUCAACACAAUCCAAAUGAUCUGAAGCCCAAUACAGACAGCAAUGGAAACAGCGACGACAUGGAUGGUUCCAGUUUCUCGUCUUUCUACUCAUCUUUUAUAAAAACUACCGAUGGAUCGGAUAGCCCGCAAGAAAACGAUAAGGAGGGAAAACAUCGAAAAUAUAAAGUGCAAGGCGACUCCAAGUCAAUGGACAAUGCAGAAGAAGACCAAACGUUACAUGGUGAUGGCUAAAUACGCGUAGGACACGUGAGUUUCGCAUCAAACUGAUGACGACAAGUAUUGAGGCAACGUGACGACUAGUAAGCGGCAAUUUUAUUUACAAAAACCACCCCAUACAAGUGCACUUUGCAAGAAAAUGCGUACGACGAAAAAAGUAUUAGCGUAAACAAUGCGGCUGGCAUGCAAUUAAAUACUGAGCAUCACAAUUUUUCCAAGGCGACAUAACGAUAGAGACAACACAUACUGC